AUGCUUCUGGCGCGAAUGAACCCACAGGUGCAGCCGGAGCUCGGCGGGGCGGACUUGCUGCCCGAGCAGCCCCUGGGGCCCUGCAAGACCGCCGAUCUGCUGGUGGUGAAGGAGCGCAACGGCGUCCAGUGCCUCCUGGCGUCCCAGGGCGGCGACGCGCAGCCCCGGGAGACUUGGGGCAAGAAGAUCGACUUCUUGCUGUCUGUGGUCGGCUUCGCGGUGGACCUGGCCAACGUGUGGCGCUUCCCCUAUCUCUGCUACAAGAACGGUGGUGGUGCCUUCCUGAUCCCUUAUACACUGUUCCUCAUCAUCGCUGGGAUGCCUCUGUUUUACAUGGAGCUGGCUCUGGGGCAGUACAACCGGGAGGGGGCAGCCACAGUGUGGAAGAUCUGCCCUUUCUUCAAAGGAGUGGGCUACGCUGUGAUCCUCAUUGCCCUCUAUGUUGGCUUUUACUACAACGUCAUCAUUGCCUGGUCACUCUACUACCUCUUUGCAUCCUUCACCUUGAACCUACCCUGGACCAACUGUGGCCAUGCCUGGAACAGUCCCAACUGCACUGACCCCAAACUCCUCAAUGCCUCGGUGCUGGGAGACCAUACCAAAUACUCCAAAUACAAGUUCACACCGGCUGCAGAGUUUUAUGAGCGUGGUGUCCUGCACCUGCAUGAGAGUGCUGGGAUCCAUGACAUCGGCCUGCCCCAGUGGCAGCUGCUGCUCUGCCUGAUGGUCGUCAUCGUCGUCUUGUAUUUCAGCCUCUGGAAAGGAGUGAAGACGUCUGGAAAGGUUGUGUGGAUCACAGCCACCCUGCCUUACUUUGUGCUAUUUGUGCUCCUGGUCCACGGUGUCACACUGCCUGGAGCCUCCAAUGGCAUCAACGCCUAUCUGCACAUUGACUUCUACCGCCUCAAAGAGGCCACGGUAUGGAUUGAUGCUGCCACUCAAAUAUUUUUUUCCCUGGGAGCUGGAUUUGGAGUUUUGAUUGCAUUUGCCAGUUACAAUAAAUUUGACAACAACUGUUACAGGGAUGCCCUGCUGACCAGCACCAUCAACUGUGUCACCAGUUUUAUUUCUGGGUUUGCCAUCUUCUCCAUCCUCGGUUACAUGGCCCAUGAGCACAAGGUCAAGAUUGAGGAUGUUGCCACUGAAGGAGCUGGCCUUGUGUUUAUCCUGUAUCCAGAAGCCAUCUCCACUCUGUCGGGAUCUACGUUCUGGGCUGUCCUGUUCUUCUUGAUGCUCUUGGCUCUGGGGCUAGACAGCUCAAUGGGAGGCAUGGAAGCAGUCAUCACAGGACUGGCCGAUGACUUCCAGGUCCUGAAGCGACACCGGAAACUCUUCACAUUUGGUGUCACCAUUGGUACCUUCCUUCUGGCCAUGUUUUGCAUAACCAAGGGAGGAAUUUAUGUCCUCACUCUGCUGGACACCUUUGCAGCAGGCACCUCCAUUCUGUUUGCGGUGCUUAUGGAAGCUAUCGGGGUUUCCUGGUUUUAUGGUGUGGACAGGUUCAGCAAUGACAUCCAGCAGAUGAUGGGCUUUAAGCCAGGCCUGUACUGGAGACUGUGCUGGAAGUUUGUGAGCCCUGCCUUCCUCCUGUUUGUGGUGGUGGUCAGCAUCAUCAACUUCAAGCCGCUCACCUAUGAUGACUACGUCUACCCUCCCUGGGCCAACUGGGUCGGGUGGGGCAUUGCCCUUUCAUCCAUGAUCCUGGUGCCUGCCUAUGUCAUCUACAAGUUCUUCAGCAUAAGGGGCUCCCUUUGGGAGAGACUGGCCUAUGGGAUCACACCAGAGAAUGAGCACCACCUGGUGGCCCAGAGAGACGUGAGACAGUUCCAGUUGCGGCACUGGCUGGCUAUCUGA